AUGUACGUGGCGACGGAGGGGGACCAGGCGCACAGGCGCAAGAUCGUGCGCCACUUCGCGCCGCACCUGAGCAACGAGGCGCUGACGACGCAGGAGCACCGCUACUUCGCGCUGGGGCUGGCGCGCGUGCUGCUCGUGUUCGUGGUGCCGUCCUGCAUCGUCUUCUGCACGCGCGACUGGUUCGUGGACACGAUCGUGUUCCUCGUGGUGACCUUCGUGUGUCUAGUGGAGCUGGCUCUGACGCUGUACCGUUACUAUGUCCUAUGGCCUGAAGGAUUGCAGAUGCGCUGGGUCUACUGGACUGAGAUUGUCCAGGCGGAAGACCAGUACAAACUCAAGAUCCUGGGCUACUACAUCCGCAAGAUUGACAAGUUCGUGGGCCGUUUCCCGACAUCACUGAGUGCGAACAAGAUCAAACUACACUACCGCAGACGCACGUGGCCUCUGCUGCUGCUCUUUAAGGCAGUAAUGCGCACCUGGGCGUUCUAUUUGCUUUCCAUCGGGAGCGGCCUCGUUGUGCUCCGCUACGCCAAGCUGCACCUUGUCGAAUUACCGCAAGUGUUGGCGUUGCGCGCUCAUCCAGAGUUCGCGACGGACGGACUCGCGAACGCGGCCGAAUCGACUCCAUUUGCACACUCAAUGCCAUCGUACAAUGCAGCUGGAAGCGGACACAUCGUCCAGGUCAACGUGCAGAAGAGCGUGAUGGAGAUCUAA